AUGGACAGGGUAGAUAAGGUAGCCUACCGCUUGGAUUUACCAACAGAGCAUAGUCAGAUUCACAACACAUUCCAUGUGUCGCAGCUUCGGAAGUGUAUCACUGACGAGGCCGUGAUUGUCUCACUGGGUGAUAUCCAGGUGGACGAGAGCUUGAACUACAUUGAGAAGCCCGUUGCCACAAUGGAUAGGAACACGAAGGUUCUUCGGAAUAAGGAAGUAAGAAUGGUGAAAGUGCAAUGGCAGCAUCGGAAGGGUUCCGAAUGGGCUUGGGAACCAGAAGAAGAGAUGCAAGAGCAUUACCCCGAUUUGUUUGGGUCAGCAGACUUCAAGGACGAAGUUUAG